GCUACUAUGUCUGAUCUGAAGCCAGAUGCACAAAAGGACAAAGACGUGGAAUCUGUGUCUGUCAGCCCAGGUCGUGCUCAGGAGCCAUUACAGAGUCACACAUUCUCCCUGAAGAACAAUGCUGCAGGUCUGUCCUCAGAUGAACACGAAAACCCUUUAAAUGGAACCCAGCCGAAUCCAUUUGUAUACAGCAGUGUCCCUGCUGUUCCCCAUGCAGGCAAUUCAUUGCCUUCAGGAGCACUUGUUAAUGGACCUGGUUCACACCCCACCUCAGAGGUACACUGUGUCCUGAACAAAGGCACUGUUUUAUCCAACAAUGUCCUGGAUGCCGCGUGGCAAGCGGAGAAGGACACACGCCCCGAGGUGUUACCACCACCUAGUGAGCUUCAAUCAGACGCUUGGAAGAACACAGCAGGGCCCGUCGUAAAAACACCAGCCACACAGCCAGGUGUCAACACGCCACUGUCUCACUCGGAGGAGAAUGAGUCUAAACUGGCCUAUUCUACGCUGUCAGGUGACGGUGCGGAGCAAAUGCACAUUAGCCAACCUUUGACAAAACAGACAAUGAAAACAAGAUCUCGACGGGACGCAGAACGGUCAGAGAGCGCCUCGCAUGAUUAUGAUGAUGCUGAAGCAAUCAGAUGGGAUUCAGCGAGGGAGCGAUUCUUGCACUAUGACAGAAGGCUCGAGACCGAAGUGAUGCACCAAAGAGCCAGGAAGCACAAUACAUGCGUACAAAGCAUGACGGGCUCCACUGAAAAGGUUAACACCAGUUUUAAUCACACAUGCACACGACGUUUCUGUGUCUGCGCUCGUAAUGAUGUUGAAAAUGUUGUCAUGGCAAACAAAGAUGAUUCUUUGGGUACACAGUCUGAUAUUACGUUUUCCAUCGUUCCCCUGAAAGGUCCUUCUAGAAACACGGCUUCAGACUCUGAGCACCGUAUUUAUAGCUCAGCACAGGAAGGCGGUAAUGAGGAAAAUGACCCUGAAGAUGAAGACAGUUUGAGUCCCAAAGUAGAACAGCUCAAGACAGAACAAGUUGAACAAGAUCCACUUCUCUUUUCAUGCACAAAGUGCAAUGUUAAUUAUAAGGAAGAAGGACAUUUCCAUAGACAUAUGAUGUAUCAUUUAGGCAAGAAUAAUCAGGUGAACAGUGAGAAUGUUUCACAGCCCUUUAUAUGCAGGGAGUGUGGGCGUUUGUUCUGUGAUAGCAACUCCCUCAUGAGCCACAUCAUUAUUCACCAAGACAGGCUGGAAGAACUUAUGGAAGAAAUCAAAGGUCUCAAAACCACAGAAGUGGAAGACAGGGGCAGCACGGUGCAGUGCCCUCAGUGUGUAUCUGCCUGUAACUGCCCUAAAAUCUCUGUCCAGCACGCCAAAAAACAUACGAAUCUGAGGCAUUAUUACUUCUGUGAGGAGUGUAACUACAUAACACUGACACAGCCGGCACUGGAAGCACACUUGCAUGUUGCACACUCUGAGAGACCUAACCCUCAAAACAGGAAAAGGACUCAUGCUAAAGAUGCAGAGGAAAUGGACAAGCCUCAGAGUUUUUUCACCAGCAGAGACAAAGACAUUUUGGAAAGAAAAUCUGAGUUGAAAUAUAACAAAUUAAAGGACAGUUAUUUAAAAAUGGUUGCAGACAAGCCAACAUUUGAGGGGUCUAAACCAAUCAGAACCAAGACCUUUUUCCCCUACUGUUCCAGUAAAAAGAGGGACGUUUAUAUUCAAAAGACCAAUGAAAAUACAGUUACUUUCCCUCAAUUUCGGCACCAAGUGGGUUGCACCAAAAACGCUGACUCACCAUCUUUGUGGAGGGUGGACCGGCAUGGAAAGUUACUCCUACAACCUGCGGAAAAAUUAGAUUCGGCACGUGAUUUUACCUGCAUGAAGGAAGAUGGUGAAAACGAUAACUGCAAGGCUUUUGGCAGCGCAAAGCAGGAAAACUAUCCUGCAAAUGCUGAUUUUUUACUCUCAGCAAGAAAUCCUAAAUUAGACCAGAUGUUCUGUCAGGAAAGAAAGAACGACGGGGCUAGUGGGACUCUGCAAGUGAAAGCAGACCAAAACUCUCCAUUAACUAGGAAAAUGUCGACACCCUUGCAUAAAUCUAUUGACAAUAAGAAUGGUUAUAAAUUGCAGAGGCUUAGCCAGAGGCACAAGAAAAAUGCUGCAGAUCUGAAGAUGGAUAAAGGCUGUGAGGGCAGCAGUAACUUCAGUGAUGACACCAGCGGAGCUACAGGGAGCCUCUUGGAAAGCAACGAGAAUGAAAGGAACCCGUAUGCUCGUAGGUACUUCAAAAAGAGGCAGCGGUUUGCAGCCCAAGACCAAAGCCCCCAUGUACUCAAGGAUGAGGAUGGGGGAGACGAAGACUGCAGUGACAUAGAGCAGCUCAUCAUCAAGGAGGAGUACAUAGAAACCACAGAGUGUGAUGGUCCCCCAGGGUCUCCUUUUACGUCUACAAGUCAGGGCUGUGAUGUUUUCCCCUCACCAGGGGUAGAACAGAAGCCCUGUCCGUACUGCCCCGCCAUGUUUGAUUCAGGAGUGGGUCUGUCAAAUCACGUGAGAGGACACCUGCACAGAGUUGGCUUGAGCUAUAAUGCUCGACACAUCGUUCCGCCAGAGCAGGUGACAAUGCAGGAUCAUCGGCAACGACUCCGCAGGAGGAUCCCGAGGACAGUCAGGAAAGCUGUUAAGCCGGAAUCAGAAGGAGAGCACAAAUGUCCCCUGUGCUGCUCUCAGUUUGAUUCUAAGACUGGCCUCACUAACCAUGUAAGAGGACACCUGAAAAGAAUCGGUGUUACCAGCACCAGCAAAUCUCCGCUGUCUAUCCUACAUGAGCUGCUACAGGACAACAAGGAACAUCGAAACAUCCUACAAGUCCUCAACGGGAGCCAGGACCCAUCACGCUCAUUUGCCUCUCAGAAGUUCACCAGGAGCAAAAGCCUGGUCUUCAUGCAGAGGGGCGUACCAGUCAAAAUCCAGUAUGAAAUAAAGAGUCCACAUCCCUUAAUGCACAGCUUUCUACCAAAACAGAAGAUAGACUUUAAAGAAGAGAAGAUGCUCGAGGUAGAGGCACAGAGUGGCACCAAGGCCUCCCAAAGCACUUUGGUUAAACUACUCCAGAUGACACAGAGAAGCGAGAGAAUCAACCAGGAAGUCGAUGAAACCUGGAAGCUCAGUGAUCUGAGCGAGGAUUACCGAGUGGAGCCAAAGCUGCCUCAAAGUAAGUCUUUUUUUUCAUGCACUAAACAUGAUUUCGAUGAUCGUGAUUCAAAAACCAUCUUAAUUGAGUGUAACAGCACCUUCCCCAGGCCUCCAGGUCAGCCUGGAUCCAAUGCACACAGGAAGAGGAUUAGCAUUUUUGAAGGGCAAGGCUAUGAUUAUAAACAGAAGAAGCCGAGACCAAGGACUGGGCUCAAGAAGAUGAUUUUUCCCUCUUUGAAUGCUGAGAUAUACACACUCACCUGCAGAUUCUGUGACCUCGUCUUCCAGGGUCCUCUGUCUAUCCAGGAGGACUGGAUCAGGCAUUUACAGAGGCACCUCCUGCACACCAGCGUACCCCACUCAGGAUCAGGCAUGGUAGAGGUUCUGGAUCUUCAUCACAAAAUACAAACAAGUACGACUGGUGAACACCGAGAUUCUGAGUAAAGUUUUCUGCUUUCAGACCCUCCAGCAGCCUGAAUAUGCACAAUGUUUGAUUUAUAAUCAGCAUAAUGUUAAGGUUGGUCCUGUAAGUGUUUAUAGAAAUAAGAUUAGAUAUACUUUAUUAAUCCCACGAGGGGGAAUUCUAUUUUACACUGUUUUUGAACAUGCUACACACACAUAGGCUGAAAUACACACACAUGCACAAACAUGAUCCAAUGGACAUGCACUAACAUGUCAGAGUGAGGGGGCUGCCCACAGCGAACACCCCUGGUGUCUGGCUCAAGGGCAACUUGGCAGUGCCCAGGAAGUGGACUGGCACCUCUCCAGCUACAAGACCAAUUUCCAGAUUUGGUCUGCACCGGGACUUGAACCGGCAACCCUCCUGUUCCCAACCAAAGUCCCUACAGACUGAGCUGCUGCCGCCCAAAAUGUUGUUUCCACUCGUUAUAACAUAGUAGAAAUAUAUUAAAGUAAAACUAGACUACUUUAUAGUAUAUAUUGAUAAACUCUUUAUAUUUGAAUAAGGUUUAUUAUAAGAUGCUUUCUUGACAUGCUUUGCCUUAAUAACUUGGCUAAAACAACUGAUAGUUUGUUUUCUUUAUUUGCAAGUUAGACAGAACAGUACAGAUCUGCACUCGUUUGAAAAUGCUGCUUUGUUUAUGAUAAAUAAAAGUGCCUUGUUAUCAAGACAGAGCAUUUUAAUAUAAUGAGGAAAUAUUUGUAUUAUAAAAAGAAGAAACUUCAGAUUUUCUCAGAUUCUUGUAACGUAUUACAUCAUUACAUUUUCUCAUUAUAAAAAGAAAAAAACAUCUGUACCUUUAAAAGAAACUUUGUGAUAAAAACAAGAGUAAAAAGUAGCAUCUCCACUCUUGGAGCCGACCUAAAACAAUACUGCGCUCUUGUUAAGCAGCGAACACAAGGCUGUCUCUGGUUUGUCGUUGCUUUGAAGGAUUUCACCUCUCUGUGUUGUAUCAGAGGAUCAAUGGGUUUUAUUGGCAUGACAUUUGACAUGUGUUACCAAAGCAACAUGAUAUUUCUUUUAAUCAAAGUGACAUUCAGGAUGUGCAUCAUGUUGGGACAGUUUGUUCUGUCAUUGUUCUGCUGCUUAAACUCCGGCUUCAGUGUAAUUUCUGAAAGCAGGCUCUCAUUAAAGCAGCAGUAACAUCAUCUCUUUCUAAUGAAAAACAAAAUCUUAA